UAAUGAGGCCAACUAUAAAAAUCGAGUCGAUACCUUUACAAUUUGUUAAUUUGCCUUGUGACAAGCAAUAACAAUAUUUUUUACUUCUUAAAUUCAGAUCAGCUAUUAUUAAAAAUGAAAGGUUUAUAUCUGUCGUUUGUUAUCAUCUCCUUGGCAGCGGCACACACUUCAAAAAAGUCUAAUUGCGUUCGAUACAUUGAUUGUCCAACGGAAGAUUCUACCGAAGUGAUGUUUAUGAAUGAUCCGAAAAACUGUCACAAUUUUUACAAAUGCACAAAAAUGAUAUGUCCAAUAGAAUGCCCAAACCGUGGCAACGGAAAUCGAUUGGUCUGGAAUUCGAAAGAAAAUGUCUGCGAUUGGUCGUUCAAUGUUCCCAAUUUAACAAACUGUCCCGACAUUAAUAAUCCAUCGACGUCAUCGCCACCGACAUCAUCGUCCUCGACACCAUCGUCAUCGACACCAUCGUCAUCGACACCAUCGUCAUUAACACCAUCGUCGUCGACACCAUCGUCAUCGACACUAUCGUCAUCGACACCAUCGUCGUCGACACCAUCGUCAUCGACACCAUCGUCGUCUACACCAUCGUCAUCGACACCAUCAUCGUCGACACCAUCGUCAUCGACACCAUCGUCGUCUACACCAUCGACUUCAAAGUGUCCAAAAAAUGGGAGAAAAAGUAUACCGCAUGAAACAAACUGCAAUUUAUAUUAUUUAUGUAUCAAUGGAGAGAAGACGCUUAAAAAAUGCCUGGAAGGACACAUUUUCAAUCCAUUAAUCGAGAACUGUGACUUACCGAAUCAUUAUCCUCCUUGUCAAAAGAUUAUCUACCCACGAAAAUUAUUCCAUUUUUAAAGAAACGAUCGUUUCAUU